UUUCAUUUAUCGAUUGAAGUGUGUACGUGUUUUUCAGUCGCUAAUACAAUUUUUUUUUGUCGCUAUUAAAAAAAAUUUAAGAAGAGUUUUUAAAAUUUUUAAAGAAAUAAAAAAGGAAGCAUAGGAAUAAUGGGUGAUCAACGUGGAACGCGUGUGUAUGUUGGAAAUUUGACAGAUAAGAUCAAAAAAGACGAUUUGGAAGGAGAGUUCACGAAAUAUGGUAAAUUAAAUUCAGUUUGGAUAGCAUUCAAUCCACCAGGUUUUGCAUUCGUCGAAUUUGAGCAUCGCGAUGAUGCCGAAAAGGCAUGUGACGUUUUGAAUGGCACUGAGUUGUUGGGUUCGCAAUUGCGUGUUGAAAUCAGCAAGGGUCGUCCGAGGCAAGGGCGUCGUCAGCGAGGUGGCGGCGGGGGUGGCGAUCGACGUGGACGUGGCGGCGAUUAUGGCGGCGGUGGUCGUCGUAGCGGCGGUGGUGGUGGUGGCGGCGGUGGUAGUUAUAGACCACGUAACUCUAGUGGAGGUCGUUAUCAAGAUCGCGGUUAUAGUGGAUCUUCGAGUAUGGGGCGUUCUAGCGGCAGCAGCUACAGUCGCGAUAAUUAUGGCAGCAGUUCAGGUGGCAGUCGCUCAGGUGGAUAUGGUCGGGAUGGUGGGUUCAGUCGACGGGAUGUUUAUGGUCGCGAGGGCGGCAGUGGUGGAGGCCGUUCCUUCGGUGGCAGCCAGGGUGGUGGACGCUUCAGAUCCCGCUCUCCGAUGGGUGGCCAUCGUUUCUAAGUCCUUAUAAGCUACUAUAAGCAAUCGUUUGUAAGUGCGUUCUGCGUUAAUCUUCGAUAUAUAAUUUCGAACUUAUAUAUAAAGAAAACUAUAUACACGCUAUCAUAUACUACUGUGAGUCAAUCUCCCUUCUCACCCUACUCAAACCAACAGAACGCUUAAUAAAUGAAACGUCCUAGUGGUAUAAGUCAUAAGCUAAUCUCUAACAACAACAAAAAAAAAAUCCCUAAAGCCCCUCCCUC